UCGAAGUGUGACGGGCUUUGUGUUGCGCGAAAAACAGAAACUAUACAAUGAUAUCCUAAAAGCAAUAGAGAAACGUAUACCAAUAGUUUGAUUGGUAUUGACUAUAACAACGUAAUUUAGAUGAAACUUGGCUGUUCACUCACCAUUCACGGCGACGGCUGUUUCUACAUCGGGAUGGGAGGUAAAAGCGCGAAACCCAAGAUUCCCUCCUAUGAGCCCUACCAGUGCUGUCCCACCAAGCUCGCCCACGGCACCAAGGUCGCCAAGGUCACCAAAAUCGGCCCGAUUACCAAGGACAAGAGCAAAUUUCAAGGUACCGGCAAAACAGAUAAAUCACUAUUGCCGGCUUUGAAGCCGAUAAACAAGCUCAAGUUCAAAGACAGCACAAAAUCAGCAACGAUAUCAACGAAAGUCGACAGCGACACGAAGGAAUCCAAGUCCAAGGCUAAGAGAGGAUUUUUCGGAAGCGUUGUGGCUGGAAUACCGUACCUCAUGAAGGUUUAAAGACGAGGGUUUAAGGCCGACAUGCACAUCGGCGUCUGGGCGCGCGAGGUCAAGCUGUGAACGGCGAUUAGGAAAUGAAGAAAGAGGACUUGCAGGACGAUGGUCGAACGAAGAAAAAUUUCGCGCGACAGAAAGUCCGUGCAAUAACGGAAGAAGUCAGGUGCUCUGUGCUAUUAUGUGCUAACAGCUCAAGCAAAACAAAUUUCGCCCUUCAGCGAAUGAAAAAUUUUAUGUUUCUUAAAGGAACGAAAUGUGUCUCGUUGCCAUUUAACACAUUUUUGUCAUCGUUUAUCAAUUAUCAACGAUAUUGUGCUACUAUCAUGCUCGCCGUCGAAUUCACUUCUUGUUAUUAUGUUAUUAUAAUGUCAUCUUCAUCAGUAUCAUAAUAUCAUCUUCACCGCUAGAAUCAUAAACGAUGUCGUCAUCUUUCUUCUCGAUGUGUUUAUCCAUGCACAGAAAAAUAAAUGGACAUCCGCAAGUGAUUUUCAUGUUUCUGUUAAUUUAUGUAUAAGAGACCUAGAUAUUACAAACGCAUCUUACGAUCGAUAAAAGAACACAGAGAAUUAAUUCACAUCGGCUGUGCGUAUACGAUACUGAAGAUAUUCGAGAAGAGCAACAUUCGAUAAUACGUCAAUCUGGUAUCUAUCGAUUAUUACGCGAUAAACAGAAUUAUUCUCGCAACGUAUGCAUUUCUUAUGUAGAAUAUCCUUAACAUCCGACCGUUGUCUAACGCUGAAUAUCUAUUUAUCGGUUUUGUUUUACUCGUUUAACCCGUUAACGUCACGAAGAGCGAUACCGCCGAUUUGUUGCAUUUCAUCGAUAACAUUCGCACACAGUAAUGGGUAGGAUACUAUUAUACUUUAUAGUAUAAGGAAAGGAAAGAGUAUAAACAAUCGCUGCUGCCAAGACUAUCGAUAGUGUUCUACCUAGAUUUUGCGGUACAUGCUCUAGCGUUAAUUUAAUGUGAGAAAAAUUAAUUGUUUGUAACUAAAACCUUUCAUUCUGGAGCCUGAAGUUUUAUCGAUCUCUGUAUGCUUUCUCUUCUAUCCUAAUAAAAUCUUAAUGAUCCUUGAGCUAAUUUUCCUCUUCGAUAUUACAUAUAUAAGACUAAAGAGAUCUCAAGAAUGAAAUGGCUGAGGCCCAGAGUUAGCGCAAAGUUAUGAAAGAAUGUCUUGCCUAUAAUUUAUUUAUAACGAGAUUUCUUAAUAAUACACAGAGUUCCUACAGUGUGUUUAUGUUAGUCUUUUGUUUUAAAGCGGGAAGAAAUUAAAAUUGCUAUGAAUAUUGUUAUUGCAAUUUUUUGUAAUAAUGUUAUUUGAUAUCGAUAAAAAAUGGCCAAAGGUUUGAAAAAAUAUUCAACAUUAACAAUUAAUAAAAUUGAUAUUGCAAUCUCACCCUUGAGAUUUCGGGAUUGUGGAAGAUAAUACAAGGAAAGAGUGCCUCAUACAUACAUAAGAUUUUACAAAUUAUAAAUGUAAUUGUAUGUAUUGUGUCUCUUAUUUUUAAUCCCGGCAUAGAUAUGUUCUGCUCUUUCUUUGCGAUACAUUGAGCUUAGACACAUAUCUUGUUACAGCUAGUUCUUCUAAUGCUAAAAUUCAUGCUGGUUGCAAUUAAUACAAAAUGAAGAACUUUUCAAAGAACUGCAAUAAGAUUACACGAAAAGAAUCGUGAUAAAAGCAUCUAUUUAUUUAUUUAUUUAUUCAUUUGUAAUUAAAAUACUUAUUAUCUUAUAUGCUCGUUUUGUCGCUCAGAUAAUCUGCGCAAGAUAUAAACAUGUCAUUAUUCUGAAAAUUGUCAAAUUACAGGCCAAAUUCGCGUAAUAAUGUUAUAUCGCGAUCUAAGAGCGUGAAGUCAAUCUUAGAUAUUUUAGAAGCCAUUUUAGGUAUUUUAGAAAAAUUUGUCGCGUUAUUAACAAAUAAAAUUUUUUGUCUCACUGUAUUUAUGAUCACCAACGACAACUAUAAUUAUCAGACGUCAUGAAUUAUUGCUCGUAAACGUUGCGUGCGAGCCAAUAAAUCCUUGUUAUUCGCAUAAGAACAGCAUGUACGAUAAUAAAAGUCUAUAACAAUAAAUAUAUUUCCUAAUA